UGAUGCGAUGAGAUUCCACCUUACGUCACUGGCAGCAAGGCUGCACGCGGACACGCCUAUAAAAGCCCACCUCGGCGCUCCAAUGGACUUCCAGUGUCGGUGCGGCUUUGAAGGCAGACCGGAAGAUAAGCACGAAUUCACAGCGUCUACUACAGCAUCAACAUGACAACAGGAGCAUAAACUUCUCUCUUCAUCUGUGUUUUUAGCUAAGAUUUCAUAAAGAACAAUGCCAGAGCAGAGCAACGAUUAUCGUGUGGUUGUGUUCGGGGCUGGCGGGGUCGGCAAGAGUUCCCUGGUCCUGCGUUUUGUAAAGGGAACUUUCCGCGAGAGCUACAUCCCCACCAUUGAAGACACGUACAGGCAGGUAAUCAGCUGUGACAAGAGCAUCUGCACCCUUCAGAUCACAGACACCACAGGCAGUCACCAGUUCCCUGCCAUGCAACGCCUGUCCAUUUCCAAGGGUCACGCCUUCAUCCUGGUCUACUCCGUCACCAGCAAGCAGUCUCUGGAGGAGCUAAAGCCCAUCUUUGAACAGAUCUGCCAGAUCAAAGGUGACGUAGAGAGCAUUCCUAUCAUGCUAGUGGGCAACAAAAUUGAUGAAACCAGUGGCCGUGAAGUGGAGUCCAGCGACGGCGAGGCCAUGUCCAAGAGGUGGAAGUGUGCCUUUAUGGAAACUUCAGCCAAAACCAAUCACAAUGUAAAAGAGCUCUUCCAGGAGCUUCUGAACCUGGAGAAGCGCAGGACUGUCAGUCUUCAGAUUGAUGGCAAAAAGAACAAGCAACAGAAACGGGCUGAGAAGCUUAAGGGAAAGUGUGUUGUCAUGUGAGGCAUCAGAAAAGGAUGUGUCUGGAUUCAAUCAGAUGGAAACCAAGGACAUUCAAGCUCUCACAAAAUAGCAGUUCUGGUUAAUACAUUUCCCAUCUCGCAAAGAAAGAUAUGCACGUUUAACCAUAACAUUAUGUUGUGGGACAGGUGACUUGUUGAGUAAAGGGAUUGUUGCGGUUCACUAACAGUCACAUUAUUUAAAAAAAAAAAGUACCUCAGAGAAUAUUCUGAAGUUAAGGCAGUUUCACUCUGAGCUGCUCUGAAAGACAUUAUUCCCUGAGCUUGUCACUAAUAGGAUUCAGUCUCCCAAUCAUGCAAGUUGGCAGCAGAUGUUAGUACAUGGCAGCAGUGUUUAGUGCUUUGCCACCGCUCUCAUGCUCUUAGUGCACGGUUCAGGUGUAACUUCAAACUGCAAGGAUUCGAUACUAACGGUUUCUGUGAAUGUCAUAAGAUGAAGAAGGUGGAAUUUUAGACAUCAGUUUAAAAAAACUUCCCCCUGAGAUGGACGCUAUACAAGCAAUACAUACAAAUUAUACAAAUUUGAUUACUUUGAAAGGCCGUUGAAUCGAUAUGAAAACUGAAAUGUGUGGAAAAACAAAAGCUGCUGAUUUUCUGGUCUCCUUCAGCCAGUCCAGUUUACAUAGUAUAAAGUUCACCCUUUAACACUUCACCAAUUAGUAUAUUUGAACUUCUUUUGACUAUUGUAUUUUAGUGGUUUUGUGUUAGUCACAUAACUUCGUCAUGUUAUGACAAGGCAGGAAGUAAUCUAAAGUUUCACUUUAAACAGUGAGGAUGGUGAUCCUUUCUGUUCCAUACAUAGUUUAUAGUAUUAAUCUUCUUAAUACUGUACAGUGUAUCUUCAGUUCAGCUUUUGCAAAUUAGGCCUUAUUGCCUGAAUUGUCUCCAAAGAUAAUUGCAAUAGGAAAGUCCCACGUUUAAAUUUGACCAAAUGGUGUUCUCUAGCUAGAUGAGCAACCAUCAACAAAUGGCAAAUAACAUGUAUAUUCCAACACAUAUUAACAGUGAUAUUAAAGUAUGACUUUGUUCUGUCGGAGUGGUGUCGGAUUCAUCUGAUUCAAAUCAAUAUGACUGAGUCUGUGCCUUUAAGGUUUGAUGCUGAUUUCCAAAUUACUUGAGUACUUUUUACAGAUUAUAGUAAAAGCUUGAUCUAUCAGUCAUGGCCUGUGCAUGUGUGCGCGCACGUGCUCAUUAAGAAUCCACUUACUAAAGGCAUAUGAAUCAUGAUUUAAAUUCCAAUCUUGGUUUUUGAGACAGUAAUUCACUAAAACAGUGGCAGAUGCCUUAUUUCAAGGGAUAAUAACCUUGCAUGCCAAUAUUUCAAGCUUAUUACUGAACGUGGAUUUGUCAGUCCAUUUUAAAAGAAACUGUUACUUAUUGUAUUUUAUAUUGCAUACUGAAAUCAGAAAGUGGCCUUUGUGAUUGGAACACGUGGUGAUUAAGUGGAUUGGUCUGAUGAAACUGGUAAGAUUUUAUAAACAAUAUAUAAAGCUUUAUAAUAGGACUGCAUGAUUCUAGCAGCAGCAGCAGGAAAGAGCUUCAGAUAAUGCCUGAAUAAAACUAGCUAACAACCAUACACCAUACCUAACAAGCAUCUGGGUAUGUUUUCCACAAGCCUAGAGUCAAAUAGCCUCUCUAAUGUUUGAGAGGAAUAACAUGUGUGUAAAUUUAGCAUGAUGGGUCUUGUAAUUAUAAUGGUAGGAUCUGGCUUUACAGCUCGCUUAUAUUGCCGUUUUGGCUGUCUUUCUUUAGAUCCGUACUAGUCACACUACGACAGGUACAGUGUGCUAUUUAUUUCAGUGAUAGUCACAGGAAUGUCAAUAGUGUGGUUGUAGCAAGAAGUAAGAGUGACAAGAGAUUAAAUGCAGUCGCAGUAGAUAAAUAUAUCCUCUAUCCAACAAUUUAAUUUCCAGGCACCAACAUGCCAGUAAGAGUUGAUGGUAUGUGUUACUUAGCCAAGGAACACUAAUAGUCACUGAUUAAAUUAAAUAAACCUGUUUGUUUGCUAUGACAAAUAUAAAAUGAUGUAAUAUUGUUUUAAUGAACUGCCUGUAAAACAUGUG